CGCUUCUAUUAGUUGAUUACUAGCACUCGCGGUGUGAAGCCACGCUGCCCCACUACUGUCGUGCCGUGUGGGUCAGUUUCCGUGAAGGAGUUUGACCUUCAACCUCGUCGCGUCCUCGCCCCCUUCGAAUACGUAAGUAGGUGGCGGUCCGUUUCGAUCGAUUUCUGGUUAACAUCCUCCCAUCAGCGAGAACUGUUGCGCUAUCGAGAAGGCUAGACGCAUUUCGCAGCUCAUAGAAUUUUGACCAGCGCAAACGCGGUAGCGGUGAGUCAACGGCACAAUGACUAGCAGUUGGGACAAAUUCCAGCUGCUACUAUGGAAGAACUGGACCAUCCAGAAGCGGCACUACUUUCAAACCAUCUUUGAAGUUUUGAUUCCCGUGUUAUGCUGCUCGAUGUUGAUUCUGGUUCGUGGGUUGGUUGAUCCGGAGAUGGUUGAGCAACCCACCGUCUUCGAACCAUUGUCAGCGAAUUCGCUACUGAUGCAGGAAUUGGUAACACCUCCGAUAAUUCAAACGAUUGCCUACUCGCCAAAAAACGACGUUUUAGAGGCCUUGCUAGAAGAUGCUCUAGAGAACCAUUUACGUACGUUGAGCUCGUUAAGUAUUGAAGGCUACGCUAGCGCUGGUGACCUUCAAGGCCUUCUGAUUCAACAGAACUACUUUGUUGGAGUGGAGUUUGAUGACACAUUGGCGAAUAUAACCUCCUUACCGGAUAGAAUACAUUUUUCGUUGCGGUUUCCGGCGGAAACACGCCAGUGGAGAUGGUUGUUCGGAAAUUGGAGAACGAAUCUGUUGGUGGUGCCGUUCUCUCCGGGCAUUCGGAACAGAAAUCGUACCGAUGGUGGCAGUCCCAGUUAUUUCUAUGAAGGUUUUCUGCCGAUUCAAACCGCCAUUUCAGCAGCUAUAGUGGCAGCACGUGAUCCUGCCAUCAACACCAGGAAUAUGUUACUGAGGCGCAUCCCUUAUCCGCCUUACUACGAAGACAGAUUGCUUCCGGCGAUGGAGCAACUGCUUCCGCUUAUCAUCCUGAUUGCCUUUUUCUACACCUGCAUCAACACGGUUAAGUACAUAACCAUCGAGAAGGAGCGCCAGCUCAAGGAAGCCAUGAAGAUAAUGGGACUGUCCAGCUGGCUGCACUGGACAGCUUGGUUCGUGCGGUGUUUGAUACUGCUGUUGAUCACCAUUACGCUGGUGACGGUUCUCAUGACGGUCAACCUGACGACCAACACGGAUCAAGCGGUGCUGCAGUACACUGAAUGGUCGGUCCUGUGGGUGUUCUUGCUGGCGUUCACCAUCGUUACCAUCUGCUUCUGCUUUAUGAUGAGUGUGUUCUUUAACAAAGCAAACACUGCCGCCGGUAUCGCCGGUCUCAUGUGGUUCCUCCUGAUGAUGCCGUACAACAUCACGGUGCAGAACUACGACGACAUGACAACCGGCUCGAAGAUAGGCCUUUGUCUACUCUCGAAUACGGCCAUGUCAUACGGAGUGCUGAAUAUUAUUCGCUUCGAGGGCAAUCAGGAAGGGCUACAGUGGUCCAACCUGUUCACCCCUUCGACCAUGAACGACGAACUGACCGUUGGCGUCAUCAUCAUUAUGAUGCUGGUGGACGCGCUGAUCUAUCUGGCCAUUGCGCUGUACUUCGAACAGAUCAUGCCCGGCGAGUUCGGCGUUGCAAAGCGAUGGUAUUUCCUCUUCACCAGCGAGUUUUGGAGGAGCAAUCGAGUGGGGGUCGCUUACGAAGGUCAGAAUGGUCUGUUGAAACCAAUGCAAUCGAAGUUCAUCGAAGAGGAUCCUCCGAUCGAGAGGGCCGGAAUCAAGAUUCAACACUUGCGAAAGGUUUACGACAAGAAGGUCGCUGUCGAGGGUUUGGAUUUGAACAUGUACGAAGAUCAGAUUACGGUGCUUCUGGGGCACAACGGCGCGGGAAAGACAACCACGAUGUCGAUGUUGACGGGGAUGUUUUCGCCAAGUUCGGGAACAGCGCUCGUCAACGGCCAUGACAUUCGCACGGAUAUUGAAGGCGUUCGACAGUCGUUAGGGCUGUGUCCGCAGCAUAAUGUGCUGUUCAAUGAACUGACAGUAGCCGAGCAUGUGAAAUUCUUUGCGAAGCUGAAAGGUGUAAAGAAUAGUGAAGUGUCAGCUGAGAUUGAGAAGUAUGUGAAUUUGUUGGAGUUGACGGAUAAAAUGAAUGCUCAGUCACGCACUCUGUCGGGUGGUAUGAAAAGGAAAUUGGCGGUAGGGGUGGCGUUGUGCGGCGGAUCUAAGGUGGUCCUGUUGGAUGAACCCAGUUCUGGAAUGGACCCUUCGGCAAGAAGAGCUUUGUGGGAGUUGUUGCAGAAGGAAAAGAUUGGGAGAACGGUUUUGUUAUCAACGCAUUUCAUGGACGAAGCCGAUGUUUUGGGGGAUAGAAUUGCUAUUAUGGCGGAGGGACAAUUGAAAGCAAUUGGGUCUCCGUUUUUCUUGAAGAAGACCUUCGGAGCUGGGUACAGAUUGAUUUGCGUUAAGGAAGCCAACUGUGAUAAAGAUCGUCUGCUACAGAUGUUAAGAGGAUACAUUCCUGAUGUAGAGGUAGAAACUGACAUUGGAUCGGAAUUGACGCUAGUCUUACGCGAGGAUUAUGUGAAGGCAUUCCAACCAAUGUUGGAGAACUUGGAGACGGAAUCGUUUGGGGUAUCUAGUUUUGGAAUAUCGUUGACAACUAUGGAAGAAGUGUUCCUCAGAUCUGGAACUGAUUCCUUUGAGAAGAAAUCCUCAGAGAACGGAGCGGCCAUACACACCAUUUCCAAUGCAUAUGCUCUCGACAAUUUGCACCUGCUAACAGGAAAUCGACUACUCUUCAAUCAAAUCAAAGCCCAGUUCUUGAAAAAGUUCCUAAUCACGUUUCGCAGUUUGAUCACCCUUUCAAUGCAAAUUUUAAUCCCCAUAGUAUUCGUACUGAUGACCUAUAUCAUCAUUUUGAAUUCGUCUGCAAAUCGAGACUUGCCAGCCUUGGAUAUCAAGCUGGAGUCCUACAGUUAUUCAGUUACCAUUCUUCAGGAUCAACAAAGCCCAAGCCCCUUGGUACAAUCAUACUCCGCUCUGUUCGACAACCUCGUCCCAAACCACCAGCUUAUCGUUACGGAAGAGGACAUGAACGAUUACAUUCUACGAAAAUCCCAAGAAUCGAUCGCAACCGUCAACACACGCUACUGGGUGGGCGCUACUCUGAACUCCACCAGCGCGACCGCUUGGUUCAACAACAAAGCAUUCCACUCCGCUCCGUUAGCCGUCAAUCUGCUGUUCAACGCCCUACUGAAAUCCACCUGUCCGCAGUGUGAAAUCCAAGUCACCAAUAAGCCGCUUCCGUUUGAGCUGACCACUCGUUUUGACCAACUGGAGACCGGAGCUAAUUCUGGGUUCCAGUUGGCGUUCAACACCGGCUUCGCCAUGGCUUUCGUGUCUGCGCUGUACAUCAUGUUCUACAUCCGCGAGCGAACCACCCGGUCAAAGCUAUUGCAGUUCGUCAGUGGGGUCAAUGUGGCACUGUUCUGGGGUGUGUCCUUCAUCUGGGACUAUUUGGUGUUCGUCGUGGUGAGUUUGUUCUAUUUGGCGGCGGUGGCGGCCAUCCAGCAGGACGGUUGGUCAGACUUUGUACAGCUGAGUCGAGUGUUUUUGGUGCUGCUGCUGUACGGAUUCGCAGUGAUUCCAACGACCUAUCUGUUUUCGUAUUUGUUUGACGUGCCGGCAACGGGAUUUGUUAAAAUGAUGCUCCUGAAUAUUAUAAGCGGGACGGUGUUUUUCACGGCAGUUACGCUGAUGAAGUUCGAGGGGAUUGAUCUGGAGGAUGUGGCCAACGUAAUGGAGUGGGUGUUCAUGUUGUUCCCGAACUUUGUACUGAGCCACAGUUUGAACAAUCUGAAUAUGGUGGCCAGUACGGAGGCCCUCUGUGCACAGCAGUGUGAGUUGAUUCCGAUGUGUACAGAUGCGUUACUGUGUCUCCUGGUGCCGCAGUGUUGUGGGCAAGAGAUCUUCACGUUCGACGCAGAUGGGAUUAAUCGCAACUUGCUGUUUUUCGUUGGAAUUGGUGUUGUGUCAUUCGGUUUGAUAAUGUUCAUAGAAUUUAGAGUUUUCAAACGGAUUUUUGACCGGAAGGUAGCAAUCGCCGAAACUGAAACCGAUGAAGACUCGAGGUUAGAUUCGGAUGUUUUGGAAGAGAAAAAAAGAAUCGGUGCCAUGAGUCAAUCGGAAAUCGAAAGCUACAACCUUGUACUGAAGGAUCUCUCCAAGUAUUAUAAGAAUUUCCGAGCCGUCAACAAAUUAUCCGUGGGAAUUCGUCAUUCGGAGUGCUUCGGAUUGUUGGGGAUCAACGGAGCUGGAAAGACUUCCACCUUCAAGAUGAUGACGGGCGAUGAAAGCAUUUCGGAUGGACAAGCUUGGGUCAACGGAAUCAGUCUUCAGACGAACAUGAAUCGAGUUCACCAACAGAUUGGGUACUGUCCACAGUUCGAUGCCCUGCUGGAAGACAUGACCGGGAGGGAAACUCUCAAGAUGUUCGCCUUACUUCGAGGUGUGAAGGAUGUAGAGCUGAACAGCGUAUCCAUUACACUGGCGGAAGAGUUGAGCUUCCUAAAGCAUAUCGACAAGAAAACGAGGAAUUACAGCGGAGGUAACAAACGGAAGCUGAGUACGGCGCUGGCACUGAUGGGCAAUCCUGCUGUGGUUUACUUAGACGAACCUACCACGGGAAUGGAUCCCGGAGCGAAGCGUCAAUUCUGGAAUGUGAUGUGCAGGAUCCGGGAGGCAGGGAAAGCGAUCGUGCUGACGUCGCACAGUAUGGAGGAGUGUGAGGCCCUGUGCACUCGAUUGGCGAUCAUGGUCAACGGGGAGUUCAAAUGCCUGGGUUCGACGCAGCAUUUGAAGAACAAAUUUUCGGAAGGAUUUCUUUUGACUGUUAAGGUGAAACGGGAGCCGCUGGACGAGCUCCGCUCAAGGGUAGAUCGGGUGAAGAUCUUCGUAGGACAGAAGUUUCCUGGAGCAGUAUUGAAAGAAGAGUAUUUGGACUCGUUCAGUUUUCACAUCCCACUGACGGAUCUCCGAUGGUCUGCUAUGUUCGGACUGAUGGAGUCAUCCCGAGAUGAUCUGCAAAUCGAAGAUUACGCCCUGGGACAAACCUCGCUAGAACAAGUAUUUUUACAUUUUACCAAAUAUCAAAGAGAAGACCAAUAAAGCAACAAAGUUAUACUUAUUCAAACAA